AUGCGCUUCCGCGUUGAGAUAGAGCUCGCGGACUCGGAGAUACCUGUGGCCACAGAGAUACUCCAGGUUAUCAGGCUCCUCACCGAGCACGUCAAGGGGUCGCAACUAGUUGUCAAUGGCGUGCCAUCAGCAGCACAGCCUCCAGCAGGCCAGGGGCUGGCCCCUGCGGCGCUUCCUGCAGCGCCCGCAGCAGUAGCAGCAGCGCCGCCGCCGGUCGCGGCCAGCACAGCAUCCUCGGCGCAGCUGCCGCUGAAGGAGCUUGUUCGCAGCAUUCUUCUGCGUGUCACGCCAGAUGGCGCGAACGCUGAGCAGGUUGCCAAGGAACUGGCCACCGCCCUGGCCACUGCACGACAGCAGCACCCCAGCGGGGGCGAUGAGUUCAUGCGCACACUCCCAGAGGAGUUCACAGAGGCGUUCACGGGGGUGGCUUUUGAUCCCUCGCUCCUCAAGGCGCAACGCGGCUCGGCGCCGUUCGUGCGCGUUCUGGCCGCCCUGCCAGACCCCUACGGCAAGGCGGUGUCGGGACUGGUCGUCAGGAAGACGUUGGGCCAGGUUACAAAGAAGCGUGCGGAGGAUGCGCCCCGCGACAGCUUCACGUUGCAGGCUGAGGCCUUUGCCAUGCUGGCGGCCAUGGGGCUGGUGGCCAACUUUGAUGGCGCCCUGGUCAGCAUGGAGCGCGUGCUGCGCAAGCCAGAGAAUCGUGCAGCAGCUCUUGACACGCUCUGCUACGUGGUCCAGCAGUCGGAGGCAAAGCUGUCGGGUGGCGCCGCCAAGAAGGAGACCCUGGCACUGCUGCUAUCCAGCAUCGACGGGCUGGGCGACCCCCGCUGGGCGCAGGAGACAAACUUCCUGCGCAGCAAACUGCAGCCGCUGGUCCAGGGCGCGCCGGCGCCCGCGCCGGCGCCGGCGGUGCCAGUGCCGGUGCCAGUGCCGUCAACGCCGGCAAUGUCUGCACCACCGCAGCAGCAGGGCGUGCCAAUGCCGGUCCCUGUGCCGGUGCCAGUGCCGGUGCCCAUCCCAGCCCCUGCGCCGCCGCCGGCGGCGGCCUCUGCGCCUGCGAGCACGCAGCUGGUGACCAACAAGUCGGUGCCGCUGGCAGCCGGCUCAAUCUUCUCGCUGUGCUAUGAGCCCAGCAAGCAGCAGCUGGUGAUUGGCGGCAAGGACACGCCGCUGACGGUGGUCGGCCCGGGUGGAGAAAUUGUGCAGCAGUUCCAGCACCCCAACCAGUUUGUGUGCGCCGUGGAUGCCUUCCCGCAGCAUCACAUCGCGCUGGCGUCGCUCUCAAGCGUCCCUGAUACUGGCGUGUCCACCGGCAUUGCUGUGUACAACUCCAACCCCUGGGGCAUCAGGAGCACCAUCAACCGGCCAGGCACGGAGAUGCUGGCAUGCCUGCGGUGCCUGCCUGGAACCAACACCUUUGUCACCGGAGAGUCCUUCAAGACCGCGACGCCAGAGGUGUUCACGGAGGCAGUGUGCAUGUACGACCUGGGCAGUGCGCUGUCGUCGGGCGUCAAUGCGCAGCCGCUGCGCACCUGGACCGAGCACACAGACCUGGUCAGCUGCCUCUCGCCUGUGCCAGGGUCGCCGCACAUGUUCCUUUCAGGCUCCCGGGAUACGACGAUCAAGGUGUGGGACACGCGCCUGGAGCGCAGCGCCGGCGCUCUGCAGCACACGCCCCCCAGCCCUGCAGCGCACCACCUCAUGGUCUCGUGCAUAGACGCCGCGGCGGGCGAGGCGCUAGUUAUCAGCAGCAGCCUGGAUGGCACGGUCUCGGCCUGGGACCUGCGGCGGAUGGCGGGGCAGCCAGGUGCCGCGGCACCGGUGCUGACGGUGCAGGUGGACGGUCAGGCCGUGCUCAAGGUGGCGCUGGCAGACACGCCCUACCCACGGCUGGCGGCGGUGGCUACCGUGGCGGGUAUCUACGCCCUCGACCUGCAGCCCUCUGGCCAAGAGCUGGUGGUCACCAAGGUGGUCCAGGGCACGCUUGCGUCGGACGUCACCAGCCGCCAGUUCAACGACAUCCGCUGGGGCCGCCACCAGGGACAGCCCGUGCUGUUUGCAGCUUGCAGCGACCGCCCACGCGUCGACGUGCUCAGCGUCCUUGUGUGA